AAUUGAAGUAUACACGAUUUUGAUUAUUUAUACGCUCCGGCCUCUCCAUUUUCCAUGUUUCUCUGAGAUCUUUUCAGAUACUUCCAAUUUUGUUCUAGUGAAGAAGAUAAUCAAGCAACGCAAUUUCAAGAAUGGAGAUGUCGACCAAGGUUAAGGGUCGUUUGGCCGUACUUUCAGCUCAUUUGGCAGCGGUCGUCGAUUCGAGUGCGGUGAGCCAGAAUUCGCAAAUUAUUGAGCCAUGGUGCACUUCGGCUCAUGUUAUGGCCUCACCUCACGGCUCCCUCAAGGGAACGUUAGCCGUCGUUGACGAGAGGACUGGAAAGAAGUACCAGCUCCCUGUUUCUGAGGAUGGCACCGUUAAGGCUGUUGAUUUGAAGAAGAUAACAACAGGAAAGAAUGACAAAGGGCUAAAAGUUUAUGAUCCAGGCUAUUUGAACACGGCUCCUGUUCGAUCAUCGAUUUCUUAUAUUGAUGGGGAUGAGGGAAUCCUCAGAUACAGAGGUUAUCCAAUUGAGGAGUUGGCUGAAAGGAGUUCUUUUCUCGAGGUGGCAUACCUCUUGAUGUAUGGGAAUUUGCCUUCAGAAAGUCAGUUAUCCGACUGGGAAUUUACUGUUUCUCAGCAUUCAGCUGUGCCACAGGGAAUACUGGAUAUCAUACAAUCAAUGCCUCAUGAUGCACACCCAAUGGGUGUACUUGUGAGUGCAAUGAGUGCCCUUUCGAUCUUUCACCCUGAUGCAAAUCCUGCUCUCAGAGGCCAAGAUCUUUAUAAUUCAAAACAAGUGAGAGACAAGCAAAUAGUUCGCAUUCUUGGGAAGGUUAGCUUGUCAUGUCUCUCCUUUUUCUUUCAGUAUGUCUGCUCACUCCUGCUGCUACUUUCUUUUCUUUUUCUACUGCAUGCUGAACAUGAAAUGAAUUGCUCCACAGCUGCUGCCCGGCAUCUUGCAUCCAGUGGUGUUGAUGUAUACACUGCUAUUGCUGGAGCUGUUGGUGCCCUUUAUGGGCCGCUUCAUGGUGGAGCAAAUGAGGCAGUUUUGAAGAUGUUAAAUGAGAUUGGAACCGUUGACAACAUUCCAGAAUUUAUUGAUGGUGUGAAAAACAGGAAGCGGAAAAUGUCAGGCUUUGGGCACCGUGUCUAUAAAAACUAUGACCCCAGGGCAAAGGUCAUAAAGAAACUGGCGGAGGAAGUAUUUUCUAUUGUUGGCCAAGAUCCUCUUAUUGAGGUAGCUGUUGCUUUGGAGCAGGCUGCACUAUCUGAUGAGUACUUUAUUAAGAGGAAGCUUUAUCCAAAUGUUGAUUUCUAUUCUGGGUUAAUAUAUAGGGCGAUGGGAUUUCCACCAGAGUUCUUCACUGUUUUAUUUGCAAUCCCUAGAAUGGCUGGCUACUUGGCACACUGGCGAGAGUCUCUAGAUGAUCCUGAUACAAAGAUAAUGAGACCACAACAGGUUUACACGGGGGCAUGGUUGCGACACUAUAUGCCACUCCAAGAGCGGAUGCAAUUAGCUGAUGGAGAUAGGCCAAGUCAAGUGUCAGUCUCAAAUGCAUCCAGGAGGCGGCUGGCCGGAUCUGGGGUUUAAACUUUGUACUAAAUUUCUGGAGAGGAUCAAAGGAAAUAAAUGUCAGGAAAGAAAUAAAGCCAUCUGAACAAGUGUCAAUUCAACCUUUAGCUUUCACACAUGUUUCACAGGUUUACCAUCUGCUUCAUGCUGCCUGCAUGAUUUUACUUGACCUUUAUUGUUGAAUGUGUCUUGAAAGCUGUGUAGAUCACAAGUGCGUAGGCAGAACUCUUGCAUUAGCUUUCAAGAAAAGAAAGUUCAUAAGAAAUGUAGAAUGCUGUUUGUAAAACUUGGUUUUCAUAAUUUUAUUUUAGAUUAAUUCUCAAAGUGAAAUUGCAAUAAUAUAAGCCUUAAAUUUUAUUGAAA